AUGAGCGCGGAAACGCUGGAGUCAAUUCUGUACCUGCGCAUGAAUUGGGAUCUUGUCACGAACGAGAUAGUUUCUAAGUCUAUCAAGACUGCACGAGAGGAAGAUCUAGAAGAUGAAGAGGAGUGUGACAGCAACUUUGGGUGGGGACCAUAA